AUAAGUUAUUAACAAGCCUGUGAUUCUUACUCGUGAUUUACGUGCAUGAUUCACAAAAGCCUUUCGGGACCUUGUUUUUGUUCUUCUCUCUUCAAUCGCGCCUCAUUCUUUUUCCCUUUCGACGUGUCAAAGCUUGUGGCACACUCGUUCGUAAUCUGCCAAGCUUGGUCAUACACGGACCCUUCCAGACGUUUCCUCGCCGCCGCCUUUUGUAUCUGUCAUCUUCAUACGGAGACUUGCGACAACACCUCUGCCUACGAGUAACGCAGCCUUUCUACCAUUUUUAAAUACGAAACAUCUUCACCAUGGCGUCAUCAAACACACCAGAAGCUCAAAAUACCAGCUACGUCGAAAUGCACGACAAAAACGAAGCCACGCUGAUCGGCAAGCACUGUGAAUAUGACUACUGCAACCAACUCGACUUUCUCCCUUUCUUCUGUCAGUCAUGCCGAAAGACAUUCUGUCUCGAUCACCGAACCGAAGGAGCACAUAAAUGUACAAAUCCCGGUGCGUGGGCGGAGCGAAAGCGCCAGAGAGAGCUUGCGCAGCCCAGUAUUGGACAGGGAAAGGUACUAAGGGACAAGGUGUCUCAGAAGCCUUGCGCAUCACCUGAAUGCAAGACUACAAUCGGCACAUCUUUGACGCCUGGUGUACACUGUCAAACGUGUAACCGAGAUUACUGCCUGAAGCAUCGUCUAAAGGAGGACCACAAUUGCAGUAAUUUGGUACCCAUCGGAGCUCGACCUAUGCAAUUCGAUGUUGGUCAGAAGACAAAGACGGCAUUCGACAAACUGCGCGCAUGGGGUACAGCAAAGAAAGAACAAGCUGGCAGAGCGUUGCCCAAACCAAAGCCAAGCUCUGCCUCAGCGCGUGUCAUUGCUGUAAACAACCUGAAGAAGACAGCCAAGGGCGACGACAAGACACCUGUUGAGAAAAGAGUGUAUAUCUAUGUGGAGGCAGAGGCAGAGACAGCGAAGGCCAAGUUUCCUAAGGGAGAGUUCUUCUACAACAAGGAUUGGGUUGUAGGUCGAGUUCUGGAUGCUGCAGCAAGGAGUCUGCAAGUACAAAACAUCAACAACCAAAGCUCUGAUGAGAAGGACAAGCUUCGUGUCUUCCACGUUGAAGGAGGCAGAAUUUUGGAGUAUAACGAAAAGGUUGGAACGGCGUUGCAGAGUGGGAACACUGUGGUUUUGCUGCGUGGCUACCCACCACGCUUUAGUCUAAGCCGUUCAUCAAGCUUUAACUCAUCCUACUUCGCAGAAUGCGACAAUCUUAUUUACGAUAUCAAGAUGCCUCCUUUAGUACCACGCAAACGCUUGCGUGAGUCGCCGCCACCUGGAGAAGGCAGAGCAUCAAAAGCAGCCAAAGAGAAGCCCGAUUCAUCACGGCGCAAAGCAACACUGUACGAUGACCUGGAUGCAUCCGCGACACCUAACUCAAACUCGAUCCUCCAUGGAUUUGGAAAUGAUGAUGAUGAUGCAAGUUCUUUGACAUCGUUGUCAGAAGAUGAAUUCGAGGAUGUUGUGCCACCAAACCAAUUGAAAGGCAAGGAAGAGGAUUCUGAGGACGAUGAAGACAUUGAGUUCGAGGAUGUCCAAGCACCAGUUGCACCAAUGCCGGACGCCCCGGUAACGUCCGGGGACUUGGAAUUGACACUCACAAGGGACACCAGAAUCUCACUCACAAACACAUUCGACAGAAAAGGACCCUCAAAACGUGAGAGGAAGGUCCGGCAUGCCACACAUUGCGUUCACGUCAUGUUACUUCUAUGGCACAAUGCUACCCGAAAUGCAUGGCUUUGUGACCCCGAAGUGCAGGCGACUAUGAUCUCUCAUCUUCCUCCAAGACUCUGGGAUGAGGUGGAUCGAUGGAGGCGCAACAGUGGUCUAGAAAAGAAGCCGACGCCUAAGAAGCCAGCAAGGGAAAACGCAAAAUCGAAAGGUAAAGGCAAAAAGGUCCCGGACCGAAAGUCGCGCGACUGGGGUGCAGAGGCUGAGAGAUUGGAAGAAGGGGCUGUUGAUAUGAGUCAUGGAGAUCCCCUAUUUCGACUUAUGCAAACGUUGUCAGCUUGGUGGAAACAGCGUUUUCGAGUCACCGCGCCAGGAUUGAGGAAAUGGGGAUAUAUGUCCCUUGAGCGAUUAGACCGUCUUACAAAAGCGCAAAAAGCUGAGGCCCAUAAUCCAGAGCAAUUUGGUGAGAAGAUCUCAAACCUUGAGGAUUUUAGACAUCAUGCGAGGACCUGUGAAGGGAGUAGAGAUGUAGGUGCCCAGCUGUUUACAGCUCUGCUUCGUGGAUUGGGCCUUGAAGCGCGAAUGGUCGCAAACUUGCCUUGCCUAGGCUUCGGAUGGAAUAAACUUGAGGAGGCUGAGCCAGAAACGAAUGGAAGCGCGGAUCAGAAAAAUGAGACACCCGAGAAGAAGGUGAAAACGGCGACAAAAAACGUUACAUCAAAGAAGAAGUCUACCAAGAAAACGAAAGAGACCACGAGAAAUCCGACACGAAAAACAAGGCCCAAAACGGAGGUUGAAAACGACCCAGAUGAUCUGGAACUUGAGUACAAGGACACUGAUGAUGAAUCUGUCGUUGAGAUGGAUGUCACGCCAAGGAAGACAUCAAUCAAGACACCAGCCAAAAAAUAUGACGCCGACAUGGAAUUUCCACAUUAUUGGACAGAAGUCCUAUCACCAGUCACUAACAAAUACCUACCCGUUGAUGCUAUCGUCAAAAACGUAGUUGGAACAAACCGAGAUCUCAUCGAAUCUUUGGAACCCCGCGGAGCCAAGGCCGAUAAAGCACGUCAAAUCAUGGCAUACAUCGUGGGUUAUUCACGGGACGGAACUGGCAAAGAUGUCACAGUCAGGUAUCUGAAACGGAAUAUGCUUCCUGGCCGUACAAAGGGAGUGAGGAUGACACCGGAGAAAGUUCCCGUCUACAAUCGUCAUGGGAAGGUGAAGAGAUAUGACCAGUUUGACUGGUUCAAAACCGCAAUAUCUGGGUAUCUGAGAGGCAGCAAGAACUACCCUAUAACCGAAGUCGAUGAGAUGGAAGAAGCAACAGAUCUAAAGCCUGCAAAGCCCGAAAAGAAGGAGGUCAAGGAGGGCCAGGAGACAUUACAAUACUACAAGCAGUCCAAGGAGUUUGUCCUCGAGCGGCACUUGAAGCGUGAAGAGGCACUCAGACCUGGAGCGAAGGCUGUCAAAGUAUUCAAAAACAAGGGCAAAGGUGGCAAGGUCGAGGAAGAGGACGUGUUCUUGCGCAGCGAUGUCCUGAACGUCAAGAGUGCCGAGACCUGGCAUAAGCAGGGACGGGCACCACUGGUAGGAGAGCAGCCAUUGAAGAGGGUACCCUACCGUGCAGCUACAAUAAAUCGCCGGCGAGAAAUCAUGGAAGCAGAAGCUGCCACAGGAGCAAAGGUCCUGCAGGGGCUCUACAGCUGGGAGCAAACCGACUGGAUCAUUCCGCCACCGAUCAAGGACGGUGUUAUCCCUAAAAACGAAUACGGGAAUAUUGACUUGUUUGCUGAACAUAUGUGUCCCGAGGGUGCUGUGCAUGUACCCUUCCGAGGGGCUAUGCGUGUUUGUAAAAAGUUACAAAUCGACUAUGCAGAAGCCGUUGUGGACUUUGAAUUUGGCCACCGUAUGGCUGUGCCUGUCAUCCAGGGUGUUGUGAUUGCUCAGGAGAACCACGAUAUGGUGAUGGUAGAGCUCGAGAAGGAUGAGGCAGAACGCGCACGAAAGGAAGAUGAGAAGCGACGAAAGAAGGCGUUAGCUCAAUGGCGUCGCUUCCUCAUGGGCAUGCGUAUUGCAGAACGAAUUCGACUGGAGUAUGGCGAAAUUACUGAUGAAAUAUCCGUGUUUGGGCAUGCUAGAGACUCGGUCCAGAUCAAGAAGCAACCACAGGUCGAGGAUGAAGACAUGGCUGGUGGAUUUCUUCCAGAGGGGUACGUGGAAGAAGAGGAGGAAGAGGAACUACCGGCUCACCACACUUCGAGCUUCUUCCCCGCUGUUGAUGAGGACGAUGACGGCGAUGAUGGACUAGUGAUGGAGCAUGACGGCGCAGAUCAGCAAAGAGUAAUGAUGCAGAUGGAGGUUGACGGCAAACAAGAACCGGCCCCGGAAUCGCAGGUCGAAGUAGGGCCGGAGUCUGAAUCGGAGUCACGACCGAUGAACACAAAGUUUGAUGCAGGGCGGAAGCAUGAAGAGGAAGAGGAACCCAAACUGGAGGCGCAAUCCGAGGCAGAGUCUGAGCCGCCGCAAAUGAGUGCAAGGACAAGGAGACGAGGCCCAGCGAAAGCAGCCAAGGAAAAGCCUUCAGCUGGGCGUGCAACUAGACGGUCAACACGGAGCGGACGGAAAGUUGUCUCGUAUGAUGAAGAUGCAAUGGAAGAAGAAGAUGAGGUGGGAGGUUCAUAUGCUGAAUCUGAGGACGAUGAGUAGGAUUGGCCCCUGAGCGGUCCGGCUCACUGCAAUAUAUGAUAUUAAUGUGAUAGUACGAAUAAUGAUAAUGCCUGUCAGUUGUCGGUUUGCAGGGGACGGGAAGUAUCCGUUUGCGAAGUUUAUACACUAUUGAAUUUUGUAUUGCUCUUGGGCUGACAAACCACGGAUCUGUGCAUUGCCUGUUUGAUAGGAUAUGAAUUUUGUGUAACUGAAAACUGAUUUGUUUCAACUAUGAGAACUUGAGGUGACAAGUUCAUAGAGCGAGAGGACAGACAGUUGAAUAGGUAGUUCUUGGAGAUCAGUAUCAUUUAAAUAAGCCGUCUUUAGC